GGCGGCCCAGUCGCUGUACCCUCCCCGCCCCCAACUCCUCUGUGGACCCGCGCGCCUUGCGGCUUCCGUGCGCUCUUUUCCCCACCUUGACCCUUCUUGGCGCCCCUCCGGGCCCUCUGCCCCUGAUUACGGGGGUUCGCCGCGCCUUCGCCCGCCGCUGUCAUCUGGAGGAAAGAUGAAUGGGAGGGCUGAUUUUCAAGAGCCGAAUGCAGAAGUUCCAAGACCAAUUCCCCACAUAGGGGCUGAUUACAUUCCAACGGAGGAGGAAAGAAGAGUGUUUGCAGAAUGCAAUGAUGAAAGCUUCUGGUUCCGAUCCGUUCCUUUGGCUGCAACAAGUAUGUUGAUUACCCAAGGAUUAAUUAGUAAAGGAAUCCUUUCAAGUCAUCCCAAAUAUGGUUCUAUUCCUAAACUUAUAUUUGCUUGUAUCAUGGGAUACUUUGCUGGAAAGCUUUCUUAUGUGAAAACUUGCCAAGAGAAGUUCAAGAAUCUUGAGAAUUCCCCUCUUGGAGAAGCUUUACGUUCAGGACAAGCACGACGAUCGUCACCAUCUGGGCAAUAUUCUCAAAGGUCAAAAUAUGAUUCAAAAUAUGAUUCAUCUUUUGUGACAUCCCCAGCAGCAGACAACCUAGAAAAAGAGAUGCUUCCUCGUUAUGAGCCAAUUCCAUUCAGUGCUUCUAUGAAUGAAUCUACUCCCACUGGUAUUACUGAUCAUAUUGCCCAAGGACCUGAUCCCAACCCUGAAGAAAGUCCCAAAAGAAAAAAUAUUACAUAUGAGGAAUUAAGGAAUAAGAACAGAGAGUCAUAUGAAGUAACUUUAACACAUAAGACUGACCCCUCAGUCAGGCCUAUGCAGGAAAGAAUGCCCAAAAAAGAAGUCAAAGUAAACAAAUAUGGAGAUACUUGGGAUGAGUGAAAAAGUGCAUCAUUGGACCUUCUGAAGGAGUGUCAAUAUCCAGCCUCAUCUAGGUGGUCAUGAAUAUUGCAUGCUUUGAGCGCAGCAGCAGUCUUCAUAAACACGUUUAAAACUAGAACCUGGGUUUUUGUGUUUGUCAUUAUUAUGGCUUAUUAUGAUGUUUUUAAAAACCAGAUUUUAAUGUUACUAUUGUGUGAAUGUAUUCACCUUGGGAAACUAUAUGAAUGAUGGUAUAAUACCAUGAUAAUAUACAGCUCGUGAAAUUGUUUUAAGUUGCAGAGCAAAGAUACUCUUAACUAUCAAGAGAUUCUAGUGCUCCAGAAUCAGCAUAUAUGAAAAUAAAUAUCUGCAUGUUGAAUUGGGAUGGGUGGGGGGAGCAAGUAUACUUCUAAGUGUUAAGCUUUACAUCAAAAACUUAAAGUUUUUCUCCAGUGUUUGCUGUAUACCCUUAAUGUUUAUGGUAAAUAAAACAAUAAAGGAACAUG